AUGAUUGAAAGUGAAGUUUAUGAGAAAGACUGCCGUCUUAAUAUUAAAUGCCCUCAUUGUGAAAAAGAUAUCAAAACAAAUCUUGAACAUGAAUGUGGAGUCAAUACAUGGCUGAUGUGCUUCUUUUUGUGUGUUUUGACUGCGUAAAAUUUAUCAUUAGAUAGUUGUUGCUGUUUUAUACCAUUACUAAGUAAUAAAUUUAAAGAUGUUAUUCAUACAUGUCCUUUUUGUAAAAAUGAGGUUGGAAUAAAAGAGUUUGAAAUGUGCUGAUAUUGUAUUUUGA